AUGACACUGAAACGAAUGGGGAAAAGUUCAAUUGUCUCUAAUUCACAACCACGAUCCGUUGCUGUUGGAGAUUUCAAUAAUGACGAUCGAAUCGAUAUUGUUGUUGCCAAUUCUGGUACACAUACUAUUGGUAUAUUUAUUUUAUAUGAUAAUGGAACAUUCUCAGAUCAAAAGACUUACUCAACUGGUUCUCGAUCAUCUCCUUAUACAGUUAUUGUCAAUGAUUUUAACAAUGACAAUUAUCUUGAUAUUGCUGUCGCCAAUUAUGGAACAAAUAAUAUAGGAAUUUUUCUUGGAUAUGGUAACGGAACGUUUUCUAGUCAAAAUGUAUUUUCAACUGGCUCUUCUCGUCCAUUGUUUAUUACUACUGGUGAUUUUAACCAUGAUAAUCGAUCGGAUAUAGUUGUAGCUAAUUAUGGCACUAACAGUAUUGGUAUCUUUCUUGGUCAUGGUAAUGGAUCUUUUCAAGUGGAGAAAACAUUUUUCACUGCCUAUGAUUCUCUUCCAUAUUCACUAGCUGUUAAGGAUUUCAACAAUGACAGUCAUUUAGAUAUUGCUAUUGCGAAUUAUGGAACUCAUAAUAUUGGUAUUCUUCUUGGAUAUGGUAAUGAAUCUUUUGAAAGCCAAAAGACUUAUACAACUGGUCCUCACUCAAAUCCAUCGUCUAUCGCAAUUGGCGAUUUCAAUAAUGACAAUCAUUUAGAUAUUGUUGUCGCUAACAGUGGCACUGGUAAUCUAGGUGUAUUGUUGGGCUUUGGUAACGGGACGUUUAUAGCACAGCAAACAUAUUUUAUUAAUACGAAUUCUUAUCCGCAAUAUAUUGCUGUUGGUGAUUUCAAUAAAGAUAAACAACUGGAUGUUGCCAUUGUUGAUCCAGAAAACGAUCAGAUACAUAUUAUUCUGGGAUCUGACAAUGGCACUUUUACCACGUUAACAACAUAUGAGGGAAUAUCUAAAUCUCGUCCAUUUUCGAUAGCUAUAGCUGACUUCAACAAAGACAAUCAAUCAGAUAUUGUCGUUGCUAAUUAUGGUUCUAAUGAGGUACUUGUAAUGAGUGGAUACUUCAGUGAACCAUCUGCAAAACAAACAAACUAUUUAAUUCAGCGUCACACUACAACGACAUCCCUCGUCAUUGCUGAUUUUAACAACGACAAUUACCUCGAUAUAGUUACGAAUGGAUUUUCAAGUGACGAUUUAGUCCUGUUGGCUGGUUAUAGGAAUGAAACCUUUGUCAGAGAAAAGACAUUUUCAACUGGUUAUCAAUCCUUUGCACAGCAAUUUUGUACUAGUGAUUUGAAUAACGACAAUCGAAUGGACAUUGUUAGUGCCAAUAUGGGCUCUGACAAUGUAGGUAUUAUUCUUGCUGAUACUAAUCAAAUCUUCGCCAACGUGACGAUAUAUUCUACUGGUAUUGGUUCUAGUCCAUUAUGGGUGGCAGUUGGUGAUGUUAAUAAUGAUAAAAAAUUGGAUAUUAUAUCCGCCAAUGCAGGUACUAACAGUGUCGGCGUUCUGCUUGGACGUGGCGACGGGACUUUUGCUAUCGCUGUUACAUAUUCUACUGGUGUUGGUACCUAUCCGCGUUCAGUCGCUGUUGGUUAUGUCAAUAAUGAUGAUUAUCUAGAUAUUGUCACUGCGAAUUUGUAUUCUUCCAGCGUUUCUAUACUCCAUGGAGAUGGUAAUGGAACGUUUAAAAUGGUAAUGAUGCUUUCAACGGGGUAUAAUUCAAAUCCUACUGCGAUUACUCUUGCUGAUUUUAAUAGUGACAAUUAUCUAGAUAUUGCCAUUACUACCUUUGGCGCCGGUAAUAUUGGCAUUUUUCUUGGAUAUGGUGACGGAAAUUUUGAAGCAGGAACAAGUUAUUCAACUAAAAUUGGUUCUAUUUCAUACUCUCUCAUCGUUGCUGACUUCAACCAUGAUAAUCAAUUAGAUAUUGCUACCCCCGUCUUCCGCACUGACGAAGUAGUUAUUUAUUUUGGAUAUGGCAAUGGAAGCUUUCGACUGGCAAGAACGUACUCCACUGGAUUCGGUUCACAUCCAUAUAAUAUCGCAGUUGCCGAUUUCAACAAUGAUACACAAUUAGAAAUUGUUGUCGGUCUUUACGGUAGUGGAACCGUAGCCAUAUUAACUCAAUACUUGGCUGCAAAGUUUACAAAUGAAGCAAUCUAUUCAACAGAUUCUACUCCACAGCCGUAUUCUAUAGCUAUUGGUGAUUUAAAUAAUGACAAUCGGUCAGAUAUUGUCAUCGCCGAUUCAGGAACUGAUAAUUUACAUAUAGGUUUUGAUUUUGACAAUGAUACAUUUAGAUUCGAUAUGAUAUAUCCAACUGGAAUUGAUUCUCAUCCACAAUAUGUCCUUACUGGUGAUAUUAAUAAUGACAAUCAUCUGGAUAUAAUUAUUACCAAUUCAAAGCAUAAUAGUAUUAGUAUGAUUAUAGGACAUGGUAAUGGUACUUUUGCCGAUCAAAUGCUAUACUCCACUGGCGAUGGUUCAUACCCAUCUGCAGUUAUUGUUGGUGAUUUUAACAAUGAUAAUCGAUCCGAUCUGGUCAUUGUCAAUGAAGGCACCGAUACUAUAGCAACACUUGUUGGAUAUGAUUAUGCAGUAUUUGAAAAUCAACCGAUAUAUCGAAGUGCGAAUAAUCUGACACCCACCACGGUUGUGACUACUGAUUUCAAUAAUGACAAUUAUUUAGAUAUAGGCGCUACUUUUGUCAAUAGUGGCAAUGUUGGUAUACUUCUAGGAUGUGGUAACGCAAGUUUUGGUGCUAUGAUGACUUAUCCAACAGGAAUUGGCUCAUUCCCUACCGGACUUGCCGUGAACGACUUUAACAGCGAUGGUAGAAUCGACAUUGCAGCAGCUGAUUAUGGUACUGACAAUGUAAUCGUUCUUAUCGGGUAUGGUAAUGGAAGUUUUGCUAGCAUGAUGUAUUUUUCAACUGGAGAUAAUUCUAGACCGUUUUCGGUCGCUAUUGCUGAUUUAAAUAGGGACGGUUGUUUGGAUAUUGCUGUAGCUAAUUCUGGUAGUGAUACUGUAGGCAUUCUUAUUGGAUAUGGUAAUGGGAAUUUUGCCACUAUUAUGACUUAUUCGACUGGAGAUGGUUCGUAUCCAGUCGCGAUCAUCAUCAGUGACUUGAAUAAGGACAAUUGCCUAGAUAUUGUUGUUGUUAAUCAAAACACAGGCAAUAUCGGCAUUCUUCUUGGAUAUGGAAAUGGAAGUCUUGCAAGCCAAGUGACCUAUUCGAUCGGGCGUUAUGGAUCUCCAUGGUCGACUGUCGUAAGUGAUUUAAACAACGAUGGCACACUCGAUAUUGCCACUGCUAAUUAUAACUUGAAUAGCAUAGGUUUGUUUACUGGCUAUGGAAACGGAACUUUUCGUAAAAUGGUUGCAUACUCGACUGGAACCGGCUCUCUUCCGAGAUAUGUAACCGUUGGAGAUAUGAACAAUGACAAUCGAUUAGAUAUUAUUAUGGUCAACUAUGGAACUAAUGAUGUGAUUAUAUAUUUUGGAUAUAAGAAUGGAGUUUAUUACGAGGGAAAGCCAUAUUCAAUUGGCAAUGAAGCUGGACCAAUAUCGUUAGCUAUUGGUGAUUUCAAUAACGAUGGUCGAUCAGAUUUUGUUGUUGCGAACUUAAUGGCAGACGAGAUAGGUGUUUUUCUUGGAUAUGGCAGUGAACUUUUUGGAAGUCUCGUAACAUAUGAUGUUGGUUCUGGAUCACAGCCACGUACGGCGGCCAUUGGUGAUUUCAAUAGUGAUGGCAAAUCAGAUAUUGUCGUAGCUAAUUAUGGUACGAACAAUGUAGCCAUUUUACUGGGAGACGGUUAUACCAACUUUUAUUACAUAGUAGACUAUUCAACUGGAGUUGGCUCUGCUCCUUGUUCUGUUGCAGUUGGGAACUUUAAUAAUGACAAUCAUUCGGAUAUUGUUGUUGCCAAUUGUGAAAGUAAUAAUUUAUCUAUUUUUCUAGGUUUUGGCAAUGGAAGUUUCGCGAUUGGAGCGACAUAUUCAACUGGUGAUCGUUCUCGCCCAUCUUCAGUUGCCAUCGCUGAUUUUAAUAAGGACAAUAGAAUGGAUAUUGUUGUUGCAAAUUUUGGCACUAAUAAUGUCUUUCUACUAUAUGGAUAUGGAAAUGGAUCAUUUGGAAAUAAUGAACUACAUCCAUUAGGUUAUGACUAUCGUCCUUACGCAAUUGCGAUCAAUGAUUUGAAUCAAGAUGGUUGGUUAGACAUCGUUGUAGGAUGUUAUGGUACAGACAAUGUAGAAAUUCUAAUGAAAAUGUGUUAA